ACAGGCUCUGCUGGGAAGAUGCUUCACUGUGAGCAGAUAAAAGAGGGAGAACAACGGAAUAACAGCUCAGACAUGGAGAAGACUGUGUUUUUAAUGCUGCUAGUUUCAGGUCUUCAGUUUUGUCUGUCUUCAUCUUCAUCUCGUCUUCAUCGUCAGUAUCACUUUGUAAAUGAGCAAAAGACCUGGCUGGAGGCCCGAAGCUACUGCCAAGCCAGGUACACUGAUCUCGCAACCGCAGACAACAAGGAGGAGAUUAAGAAUCUGGUAUCUAAAAUUGAUCUUUCUUCCAUGAAUUACCUGUGGAUUGGACUUAAAAACGGCGACCAAAACCAAUCAGAUUGGUCUCUGGGAAAUAACUCUCUCUUCCAGUAUAGGAAUUGGUCCAGUGGGGAACCAGUUCAACAAUAUGCCUGUGGCAUAAUAUCGGAUAACUCUUACAUAUGGUUUCCUCACCACUGCGAUCAUAAGCACUUCGUUCUGUGUUACAGUGAACCAGAAGAGCGGAAGAAACAAGUAGUGAGAGUAAAAGUGCACUCUCACAGUAAGAUGGACUUGAAUGACCCUGCAGUGAAUUCAGCCAUUUUGAACAAGAUUGAGAAAAACCUGAAGGGGAAUGGGCUUCACAACACCACAAAGCUUUACUGGAGAGAGAUGGAUAACAAGGUGUUUCACCCAGAAAAGAUUACCAAGUCAAAACCAAGGCGUCCAUGCAAUGACUAAGAAGACAACAAAAAAAGAAAAAAUCAGAGUAUGUAUUUUUUUUUAUUUCUGAAGACUGAAAUAUCAUCUACAUGAAAUCAAAUGCAACAAUAAAAUAAAAAAAUUCAAAUGAACAAUGAAUUGUCACAAGUAACAAUUAAACCACUUUUCACACAGAUCUAUUGCCCAAAGUGGGACUUUGUUCACAUUAUUGGAAUUAAGACUAUUUGAUACAGUGUGACUGAUAGAAUCACUAAUUCAUA